AUGGGACUCUUCAACGCCAAUCGCAUCAGGCAUGGGCUCGAGACGGACGAGACUCUGUCUACGGUCCGGCGCAUGAUCGCCUAUUACCCCGCCAAGCUGCCGUCGUCUGCUGCGCAAUAUGCCAUUUCCAUGGUCCCCAUUGUCCAGUGGCUCCCGCGUUACAAUGUCAAAUGGCUCAUCUCGGACUUUAUUUCCGGGUUGACCAUUGCGGUCAUGCUGAUUCCUCAGGCUCUGGCGUAUGCCAAAAUCGCAACGAUCCCGGGCGAGUUCGGUUUGUAUUCGAGCUGGCUUCCUGCGGCUGUUUAUGUAUUCAUGGGCACAUCUAAAGACUUGUCGACUGGACCGACUUCGAUUAUGGGCUUGCUCACAGCGGAAGUCAUUGCUGAACUCACUGUGGAGGGUUACAAACCCGAAGCUAUUUCAUCAGCUAUUGCCAUGAUGGUUGGAGUGUAUGCGUUGAUGCUCGGCUUGUUCAGACUCGGUUUUGUCCUCAAUUUCGUCUCCAGCCCCGUGCUCUCCGGCUUCAUCUCAGCAGCCGCCCUGAACAUCCUCCUCGGCCAAGUCGGGUCCCUAGUUGGACUCGAUGUUGGUACUGGUCCCGCAGCAGUCAUCCACGACGUCCUCACCCAGAUCCCACAGAUGGAGCCCCUCACAGUAGCCAUCGGAUUCGGAGGCAUCUUCUUUUUGUGCGCACUGGAAUGGUCCGGCAAGAAAUGGGGCAAACGAGUCCCCGUCCUCAAGUUCUUGUCCAGCAGCCGUGCCGUCCUGGCCUUGGUCAUUUUCACUACCAUCAGCUUCGUGGUGAACCGUAACCUCGAGGACCCUGUCUGGGCGCUUAGCAAGGUUAAGGCCUACGGCAUCAUCCCGCCACGAACCCCUGACACGGAAUUGCUCAUGAAGGUGGCGGGCAAGAGUAUUACCCCUGUCCUUGCAUCUUCGCUAGAACAUCUCUCUCUUGGUAAGGCGUUUGGGAGGAAGAAUAACUACGUCAUUGACCAGAGUCAGGAGCUGGUCUAUCUUGGAGUGAUCAACUCGUGUAAUAGCUUCUUUGGUGCUAUGUCGGUGGGCGGCGCCAUGUCGAGAACGGCAGUCAACUCGGAAUGUGGUGUCAGGAGCCCGCUGGGAGGAGCCGUCACGGCUGGAUUCAUCCUGUUGACCAUUUACAAGCUGGCUGGUGUGUUGUUCUGGAUUCCGAAGGCUACCCUCUCGGCCAUUAUUAUCAUGGCAGUAAUCCACCUCGUCGGCCCCGUUUCAAUAUUCACCCGCUUUUGGCACAUCUCCUUCGCCGACUUCACCGCCUCCAUGCUUGCCUUCUGGAUCACCCUUUUCGCCGGCACCGAAACCGGCAUCGCCGUCGCCGUCCUCUACAGCAUCGGCUAUACUCUGGUCCGCUUGACAUUUUCCAAGACUUUUCUAACCUCCCGCUCCGCUACGAAGGAAUACUCCGUGGGCUCGUCCAUCCCACACGCUGGUGCCGUACCGGAUAAUGUGGUGGUUGUCCAUUUUGCAGACGCCGUCUUCUUUCCCAAUGCCGAGCGCGUCAAGACCCAGGCCCUCGAAUCCAUCCAGGCCCGCCACCUGCCCCAGAACCCCGCGGACAAGGAUGCCGACGACCGAUCGUGGAGCGUCGCUGCCGAGAAGCGGCUCGAGUUCCUGAGGAAGAUGGAUCACAUUACUCCUACUGCUGAGGCGUUGCGAGUCAUCGUCCUUGAUUUCACUCGUGUCCCAUUUCUAGAUGUUACUGGUGUGAAGGCACUGCAGGAGUUCAGGGUUGAGAUUGAGAAAUAUCUCGGCUGUGCCGUUGAGCUUCGUUUGGUAGGCAUGUCGAAGGAGUUGCGGAGGAAGUUGGAGAGGGCGAAGUGGCCCGUGGUUGAUAGUGGUGGUGACAUACGAGACACUGGAGCAGGCGAUUUGGGACCCGCGCGAUGA